CUCAUUGUAAUGAAAUAAAUGAAGAUAUUGACUGUGAAGUUUCAGUAUUCUGGAAGGAAGGUUUUGUGGCUCUUCAAGCUGCCAUUAAUGCUGCUAUUAUAGAAGUGACAACAAAUCAUUCAGCGAUGGAGGAAUUGAUGUCAGUUACUGGAAAAAAUAUGAAGAUACAUUCCUUCAUUGGUCAAGCAGGGAUUAUAACUGACCUUUUUAUUUUCAUCUGCAUUAUUUCCUUUUCCCCGUUCACCUACUAUGCAUCUAUUAAUAUUGCAAGAGAGAGGAAAAGGAUGAAGGGCUUCAUGACAAUGAUGGGUCUUCGAGAUUCAGCAUUCUGGCUUUCCUGGGGUUUGCUCUAUGCUGGUUUCAUCUCCAUUAUGGCCUUUUUCUUGGCACUUGUUAUAAAAUCAGUCCAGUUUGUCAUUCUGACUGGCUUCAUGGUGGUCUUCACCCUCUUUCUCCUGUAUGGAUUGUCUUUGAUAGCUUUGGCUUUCUUAAUGAGCGUCUUGGUAAAAAAAUCUUUCCUCACCAGCCUGGCCGUGUUCCUUCUCACUGUCUUUUUGGGGAGUCUGGGAUUCACAGCAUUGUACAGAUAUCUUCCUGAGUCCGUGGAGUGGAUUUUAAGUUUUCUUAGCCCCUUUGCCUUCAUGCUUGGAAUGGCCCAGGUGAGAAGCUGUCUCGUUGUAUAUUAAUGACAUGUCUGAGACAUUUUCCCUGUCUGGAAUUCAGUAGUCUGUAGUCAGUCAUGUUCAUGUUCAG